UUCCGUACCACAGCCACCCCCGCCCCUCGAAUGGACAUUUAUCCCCAGCGGCUCGAGCCCUGCCGCCAUCGCCACAGACUCAGCGCCUCGAGAGACACCAGAGAACCCAACAUGGCCCUCUCCUCGCCCCUGGUUUCUGGCAUGCUGUUGCUGCUGUGCCUGAUUGCUGCCAGCAGAGCCUGUACCUGUGCAGCACCGCACCCACAGAUGGUCUUCUGCAGUUCUGACUUCGUCAUCAGAGCCAAGUUCAUGGGGGCCCCAGAAGUCAACGAGACCAUGUUAUACCAGCGUUACGAGAUCAAGAUGACCAAGAUGUUCAAAGGGUUCGACAUCUUGGGGGAUGCCUCUGAUAUCCGCUUCCUUCACACCCCUAUCAUGGAGAGCAUCUGUGGAUACAUUCACAAGUCCCAGAACCGGAGUGAGGAGUUUCUCAUCACUGGAACUCUUCAAAACGGGCACCUGCACAUCACCAUGUGCAGCUUUAUAGUUCCCUGGAACAGGCUGAGUGCUGCUCAGCGCCGAGGCUUCACCAAGGUCUAUGCUGGUGGCUGUGAGAAAUGCACAGUGUUUCCCUGUACCUCCGUGCCCUGCAAGCUGCAGAGUGACGAUCACUGCCUGUGGACGGACCAGCUCCUCUUGGGCUCGGAGAGGGGCUUCCAGAGCCGCCACCUUGCCUGCCUGCCACAACAGCCAGGGCUGUGCACCUGGCAGUCCCUGAAGCCCCAGAUGGCAUGAACCUCGGCCCCCAACCGAAGCCUGAGCCUGCCCACUGGUCAUCCUCUUUCCCACUCCCAUCUCUCGGUCAGACAAUGAAAUAAAAGCUACCACCCAGCA